AUGGUGUUUCAGCAAGUUAUGGCUAUAAGCAAGAUUGAGAAAGAGGAUAAUAAGCAGCCUGAUGCAAGGAAGUUGAUGGACAUCAGGACUGAGAAGAAGGAAACAGGAGCUACCAGGACGUCUUUGUGUACUCGGACCAAGGGUGCUGAGAUAGUCAAAGAAGAAACAUCAUCUAAGAAGAGGGUUCAGCCGGUUCUAAGGACACUCGAGCCAGAGGGUUGUCAACAAGGCACUAUACCAGAUCACCUCYGUUCUGCAUCAGYUGGYURGGAUAGUUCAGGAGGUGCACCAAGCCAAUCAAUGGGGAGAAAGUGA